AUGGAAGCCACGAGAGUUGUCCCAGAAGUUGCAGGCGUAGGGGUAGUCGGCGUGGUCGAAGCCUCUGCCGUUACCGCAAAUGGUGGUGAGCAGGGCGCUGCAGCGGUGCGUGACAAGGCUGAGUGCGCCUGGGAUGGAUCCCAAGCAAUGCUUGACCACUGCAUCACCCUCGCCCCUGAACAGGACGUUGCAAUGCGCCUGCACGCGCUCAUAGAGCACGGAGUAAGGAAGCCCUGCGAACCACGCGAGAAUGUCCCUGACGGUGCCGGGGUAGCACUUGAGGUAUUCGUGGAGUUCGUCGAGAGGCUCCAUGAUAUUAUCGGUGAGCUCUCUAAUCUUCUGGCCGCUGCAGUCACUGUCGUUCCUGAGCUCGCCGUCCGGAACGCCCGCCGAGGUGACCCGGUAGCCGCGUUGCUGGAGGAAGGCGCCCAGGGGGGUGAAUGGAUUUAUUAA